AUGACAAAGUCGAGCGAGCUGUCUUCACUUCGUUUCCUCGAUUUCCCACUCGACGUUCGCGAGCGGAUUUAUGAAGCUCUUCUACACUCGACCGCCUCGCAUCCAAGCGACCAUGAAUUAAGCAGCCUCCUUGCAAGCACCCAAACGGGCUUCUUUACCACCUUGCUCCCACCCACCACUACCACAAACCUUCUUCUCGCCAACCGUCAGCUCCAUUCCGAGCUCCUUUCGACCAUCGAACGCCAUUCUCGUGCACGCAAAAUCGUCUAUACACUCCAUCUCUUCGCAUCCAAUGGCCGGAUCUAUCCUACAUGGAUAUCUCUCCCCAGUCCACCACAAUAUAUAUCUCGCGUCCACGUCUACUUCCAGAUGGAUCCCAAUGGCGAAGCGUGGCGGCAGAGUUUCUGGGCAGAUGGUGGACCUGGAGCUUUGACAAGUGGCCUUUUGAAGAUACUCUCCGAAUUCCUCGUUUAUGGGCCUGCACUUCGCCCCUACGACUCUUCAAAUCCUAAACCUAUACACCCGCCCAUUGUCCUUGACGAGCUUAUCGUCGAGUUCGUGCGUCAGGAUCCCGACUCAAGAUUUCCCUCGCUCGAACUUCCGGUGAUGUUGCGACAGGGAAGGAAGACGAGGGAGGAGGCUUAUGUGUUUGAUUUGGUGAUGAUUCUAACGCGGUCGGUGAAAAGUGGACAGCUAUGGGGAAGGGUCAAGGAGGUCGGACUGGUGGUGGAGAAUGUGGCGAAGGAAUGGGACGUGCGUGAAGAGUCGAGAGAGAAUAUUUUGAAGACGGCGAGAAGAUGGGCACCGUAUGGAUGGCAGAGUAUGGAGAGUGUUAUGAAGGGGGAACUGUAG